AACUUGAAAUUCUAAAUGAAACGCACAAGCAAGUGCUUUCUGGUCUUAUUUCUUCAGUGUUAGUUUACAAUAGGCUAACGUUAACUUGUAUGAUGUUUGGCUUUGUACGAGCACUCAAAUGCACCAGAUAUACACCCAAACAAAACGUCUUAACCCAGCGUUUCUACAUUAACUCUAAAUCUGCAAAAAGUGGAGUCGGCGCUGUGGAGAGCGUAUUUGUGAUGGCCUUUAUCUCGAUUGCUGUCCUUGGUCCGGCUGGAUGGAUCCUGUCCAACUCGUGUGACUCCCACAGAAAACGGCCAUGACUGAGAAGGAUGUCAACAGACGAAUGUCAGAUACCCCUUUAUAGUCUAUGGGAUGGAGUUCAACAUUAUGAUUAAACCCUUUACCCAAACCUA